ACACAGCGGCUAUGACAACUGGCAUUACCUGGGCCCUUUAGAACUCUCCGAAAUUUUCCACUUCCAUUUCGUACUCACGGAAGAAUUUCCAGCCCAGGCCUCUCCUGCUCUUGCUCAGGGCUGCUCAGAUAUGCAAAGCAGAGACCUCCCACCCCAGCAGCAGUGGCAGACGGGACCCAGCUAGCUGCACUUACACUGACUCAGCUCAGCCUCCCCGGCAACACGCAGCCCCGGCCCGAGCACAUCGCCUGGGUGGCCUCCUCCUGAUCAGCCAUGGCGAGUCCAGCACCAGGCUCAGCCGAGAUGCCGCGCCAGUUCCCCAAGCUGAACAUCUCUGAGGUGGAUGAGCAAGUCCGGCUCCUGGCUGAGAAGGUGUUUGCUAAAGUGCUCCGAGAAGAGGACAGCAAAGAUGCCUUGUCCCUCUUCACUGUCCCCGAGGACUGCCCCAUUGGGCAGAAGGAGGCCAAGGAAAGGGAGCUGCAGAAGGAGCUGGCGGAACAGAAGUCCGUGGAGACCGCGAAAAGAAAGAAAAGUUUUAAGAUGAUUCGGUCCCAGUCCCUGUCUCUACAAAUGCCGACGCAGCAAGAUUGGAAGGGCCCCCCGACAGCCAGUCCGGCCAUGUCUCCCACAACCCCCGUGGUCCCCGGAUCCACUUCCCAGCCUCCACCCGCGCCCUAUGCCAUGCCCGAGUUCCAGCGGGUCACCAUCAGCGGAGAUUACUGUGCUGGGAUCACUGUGGAGGACUACGAGCAGGCUGCCAAGAGCCUGGCCAAGGCCCUGAUGAUCCGGGAGAAGUAUGCCCGGCUCGCCUAUCACCGCUUCCCGCGGACCACAGCCCAGUACCUGGGUCAUCGGCGGGUGGACGCUGCACCCCUGGAAGAGGGCCUCCCAGAUUUCCACCCUCCACCGCUGCCCCAGGAAGACCCUUACUGCCUGGAUGACACGCCCCCCAACCUGGGCUACCUGGUCCGCAUGCAGGGGGGCAUCCCCUUCGUGUAUGACAACAAGAGGAUGCUGGAGCACCAGGAGCCCCACAGCUUGCCCUACCCCGACCUGGAGACCUACACGGUGGACAUGAGCCACAUCCUGGCUCUCAUCACCGACGGCCCCACGAAAACAUAUUGUCACCGGCGACUGAACUUUCUGGAAUCCAAGUUCAGCCUUCACGAGAUGUUAAAUGAAAUGUCCGAGUUCAAAGAAUUGAAGAGUAACCCCCACCGAGACUUCUAUAAUGUGAGAAAGGUGGACACACACAUCCACGCGGCUGCCUGCAUGAACCAGAAGCACCUGCUGCGCUUCAUCAAGCACACGUACCAGACGGAGCCCGACAGGACGGUGGCUGAGAAGCGGGGCCGGAAGAUCACCCUGCGGCAGGUGUUCGACAGCCUGCACAUGGACCCGUACGACCUCACUGUGGAUUCGCUGGACGUCCACGCGGGCCGGCAGACAUUCCACCGCUUUGACAAGUUCAACUCCAAAUACAACCCUGUGGGGGCCAGCGAGCUGCGUGACCUGUACCUGAAAACUGAAAACUACCUGGGAGGAGAGUACUUUGCUCGGAUGGUCAAGGAGGUGGCCCGGGAGCUGGAGGAGAGCAAGUACCAGUACUCAGAGCCGCGGCUCUCCAUCUAUGGCCGCAGUCCCGAGGAGUGGCCCAGGCUGGCCCGCUGGUUCAUCCAGCACAAGGUCUACUCACCCAACAUGCGCUGGAUCAUCCAAGUGCCCCGGAUCUAUGACAUAUUUAGGUCCAAGAAGCUGCUGCCAAGCUUUGGAAAGAUGCUGGAGAACAUCUUCCUGCCCCUUUUUGAGGCUACCAUCAACCCCCAAGAUCACCGAGAGCUUCACCUCUUCCUCAAAUAUGUGACGGGGUUUGACAGUGUGGAUGAUGAGUCCAAGCACAGCGACCACAUGUUCUCGGACAAGAGCCCCAGCCCAGACAUCUGGACCAGUGAGCAGAACCCGCCCUACAGCUACUACCUGUACUACAUGUACGCCAACAUCAUGGUGCUCAACAACCUUCGCAGGGAACGGGGCCUGAGCACAUUCCUGUUCCGGCCUCACUGCGGGGAGGCUGGCUCCAUCACCCACCUGGUGUCUGCUUUCCUGACAGCUGACAACAUUUCCCACGGGCUUCUCCUCAAGAAGAGCCCGGUGUUGCAGUAUCUCUACUACCUCGCUCAGAUUCCCAUUGCCAUGUCUCCUCUGAGCAACAACAGCCUGUUCCUCGAAUAUUCCAAAAACCCUCUGAGGGAAUUCUUGCACAAGGGACUACAUGUCUCUCUCUCCACUGAUGACCCCAUGCAGUUCCACUACACGAAGGAAGCACUUAUGGAAGAAUACGCCAUUGCGGCUCAAGUGUGGAAGCUGAGCACGUGUGACCUGUGCGAGAUCGCCCGGAACAGCGUGCUGCAGAGCGGCCUCUCCCAUCAGGAAAAGCAGAAAUUUCUGGGACAAAAUUAUUACAAAGAAGGACCUGAAGGAAAUGAUAUUCGAAAGACAAAUGUUGCUCAGAUUCGGAUGGCAUUCCGAUACGAGACCUUGUGCAAUGAGCUCAGCUUCCUGUCUGAUGCCAUGAAAUCGGAAGAGAUCACAGCCCUAACCACAUAGGUCGAGCACUGGAUGUGCAUUUUAACCUGUUGGUUUAAUUUCAAGUCUGCUGUGAUUAACAGUGGUCAAGGUACCAAAUGAGGACUUUUCCUCCAAGGAGAGGAUGCCUCUGAACUUUCAAACUAGUGAUUUGGUUGCACUGUUCAUUUUAAGGCCUCAUAUGCCCACUUUUCUUAAUUUUUUUGAGUAACAGAUGGUGACUCCUCCAUGGGGAUCUGGGAGCUGGACACUCGUCUGUACUCAUUCCUAAUUUUCCAAAUACUUCUCUUGAAAGUGCUAAUGCUCGCAUUAGGGCCAGGAUCUUACAUGGUCCAGUGCCCAGUGACAUGAAGUCUGUGUGGUUUUCUGCUGUAGUCCUCUGUAGACCCUGCAGGCUAGUUGUAAUUGUUCAUUUCAGCCUCUGACAGGCUGGCUGCCUUAAAAUCUAUUUCAGAGCUCCUUUUCAUAAAAGAGCUACUUUGAAUUAGAAAACUUCCUUUUUGAUAAUUUGCAUUUUUAAUGAAUUUUAAAAACUUUUAUUUAGCCCUCCUCCCUUUCUAUUUAGGAAACUAAGUGUUCACAUUGAAACAAUCACUCCUGUUCAGUGUCUUGGUUUCCGCAUUUGAAAAGUGAGGGUUUGGACUAGGUGAGUGGUUUUUCCCCUCCCGGACCACUUCAGGGCAGGGGUGGGCAGGGGUGGGCAGGGGGAGGGGGGCUCUGGGGCACUGCUUUUACCGCUUCAAGGCGACUCCACUUUCAUCAUCUGCUUUAAAUGGGGACUUCUACGUAUUUACAUUUGAAUUAAAGACUUUGGAAAGCGUAGGACUAGAUCUCUGUUCCUUUUGGCUUGAAUAUUCUAUGACUGUAGCCAGAUUAUCACUUUACCUAUGAGGAGUUAGGGCCAGAGAAGUGAAAUUUGCUUAAGGUCACACAGUUCUAAUAAGCAAUAGGACUAGAACUAGGUUUCUCCAAUCCUAAUCCAGUCCUUCCCACUAUUCCAUCAGGCCUCACAAAUUUAGAUUUUGUAAUCCCUGCAACCUGGGGCAUUUUUCCCCAAAGGUGAAAUCCCUCCUUUACCUGAUACACAGACUUCUUCAGAAAAUACAAGCCAUCCCAGGGGCCAGGUAGAAAACAUUUUUUUAAGACCACUCUGAAUUUAAGCUUUACCAACAUAUUCUUCAUCUGUUACUAGUGCCUGGUACAUAGUAGGUGCUCAAUAAAUGUAUAUUAAAUAACUUGAAUGAAUUUCCUCCUCUGGCACCUUUUUAAGGAUUGUGCUCCUAGUACUCAGCAAGGACUUUCCUUGUCUGUGUAGACUGUGGGAAAAUGCAGACUCUGGGAAGCCCUUCUAAAUCGUUACAGAGUUAGAAGAACCCCAUUUUUGUCUGUGAAAAUGCUUACUUGACUUCAGAUUUUCUUGUGUUGUUACUUUAUAGUGCUUGUCCCCUCUACUGGUCAACUUAGCAUUUGGAACAAUAAACAUAGUCUGUUUACUAGGCAAACAUGCUAUCUUAUAGCUAAUUAUGAAAUUGAAUGAAAACUAAGCACUUAUCUUAGGCAUUCAUUAUUUUUGAAAAGCUCCCAUUUGUAUACAUUUGCCCUAACAUAGCAAGUAUCGUACAGUUUUUCAUUGUCAUCUUACCUGUAUCAAGUAAUUAUUGAAUAAAGUCUGUUAGGACUGUGGCACAAUUUAA